AAUUGCAUCCCAUGACGCUACAUAGGCAUAGCAUCCUCCUGCUCCUGCGCAAUCGAAUUCCCACCUAAGUUGUUGUAUCUCAAUUCGAAUUUGGAUCCAGCAUGUCCAAGUCUCUACCCUACUCCACCAAAGAUGUUCACUACGAUAACGCUAAGUUUCGUCACCGUUCUUUCUUCAAGGUUAUUACUCAGAGCUUCCUAACCAGUAACCUAAAGCGUGAUUGUAUUAGCUGUAGUACAGGAAAGUUUCUACUCCUGCUACUGGUCUUUGGUGUAGCAUAUCUUAUGCUGACACAUACAAGUCCUGGUCGUGUAGUUUCUAAUGAUCAAGCAAUUGGGAAUAAAAACAGUGAAGAUAGCAACAUUACUAAUGGUGCUGGCAGAUUAAAAAGGUUAUGGAGACGGCCUCCAAGGCUUCCUCCUCGAUUACCACCUGAUGCUAAAGUGAAUAAUAAUGGUAUUGGCCAUGUACCUGGAAAUAUAGAUGCCAGAUCAAUGUGGAUUACUAGGCAGCAGAAAGUCAAGGAAGCUUUUAUUCAUGCAUGGUCUGGCUACAAAAAAUAUGCCAUGGGUUAUGAUGAACUUAUGCCGCUCAGCCACCUUGGAACUGAUGGAUUAGGAGGAUUAGGUGCUACAAUAGUGGAUGCUCUUGAUACAGCCAUGAUAAUGGGUAUUGAUGAAGUUGUUUCUGAAGCAGGAUCAUGGGUUGAAGAACACCUUUCUGAGAGAAUUAGCAAGAAGGGCCAAGUAAAUUUAUUUGAAACCACUAUACGGGUUGUGGGUGGGCUUUUAAGUGCAUACCAUCUAAGUGGUGGGGAAAAAGGAAUGAACUUAACUCAUGCAGGACCUAAACCAGCUGUUUAUCUAGAAACUGCCAAGAAUUUGGCUGACCGUCUGCUAUCUGCUUUUACAGCCAGUCCAACAGCUAUUCCAUUUAGUGAUGUUAUUCUGCAUGACUUGUCAGCACAUCCAGCUCCUGGUGGGCUGAGUAGCACGUCAGAAGUUUCCACGUUACAGCUUGAAUUCAAUUAUCUCAGUUCUGUAUCUGGUGAUCAGAAAUAUGGUUUGGAGGCAAUGAAAGUCAUGGAACACAUAAAGACUCUUCCAAAGAUUGAAGGACUGGUUCCUAUCUACAUUAGCCCUCAUUCCGGUCAAUUUAGUGGAGAAAAUAUUAGACUGGGAUCUCGUGGUGACAGUUACUAUGAGUACUUAAUUAAAGUAUGGCUUCAGAGUGGAGCUAGUAGCAAUAGUAAUACAUCAUAUCUAUAUGAAAUGUAUAAGGAAGCAAUGAGCGGUGUUAGGCAUCUUCUUGUUCGGAAAUCAAUUCCAAAUGGAUUAGUUUUUGUUGGAGAAUUGCCUUCUGGAUCAAACGGUGGUUUCAGCCCGAAAAUGGAUCACCUGGUGUGUUUCUUACCUGGUACACUUGCACUUGGUGCCACUAAAGGCCUUACAAAGAAACAAGCAAUGGAAAACAAUAUGCUUAACUUUGAAGACCUGGAAAAUUUGAAGCUUGCAGAAGAUCUGGCUAAAACAUGCUUUGAGAUGUACUCAGUUACUUCAACUGGUCUGGCUCCUGAAAUUGCUUACUUUCAUACUGAGGGAUUUUCUGAACAAGGUCUUGAUGGAGGAAAUAAGAGCUCAGAAUAUGUUAAUGACAUCAUAAUAAAACCUGCUGACCGUCAUAAUCUUUUGAGACCUGAGACUGUGGAGUCGUUGUUUGUUUUGUACCGUAUUACAGAAGAUCCAAAAUACCGUGAAUGGGGUUGGCAAAUAUUUGAAGCUUUUGAAAAGUACACUAAGGUUGAUACUGGUGGAUAUUGUUCUCUGGACGAUGUAACUAGCAUUCCUCCUCAUAGAAGAGACAAAAUGGAGACUUUCUUUCUAGGGGAAACACUGAAGUAUUUAUACUUGCUUUUUGGGGACAGCUCUGUUAUUCCAUUGGAUAAAUAUAUUUUUAACACAGAAGCACAUCUUAUACCAAUCAAUUUGAAGAAAUGAGAUUUAUUCAUCAAAGGCAUUCAAUAGACUGUUUUUAGAAAUCCAGAUUGUGGUGGCACAAAGUGAGAUGCUUCUUUGAAGUUACUCUUAUAUCUCUUACUGAGCAAGGGCACUUCUGGUUGUGAAGGAAUUGAUUAGCAGGGGGUUCUCAGGGAUAAUAGAAACUGUCAAUACUUUUUGAAUGCAAUACAUCAACAAAACAUUACAGAGUCCGUCACUUGAUCAUAUGACUUAUUGUCUUGGACUCAUAACCAGCGUCCUAUCUUCAUGAGAAUGUAAAAUUUUGUUUCAACAAUCAUAAACAAAGAGCAGCUUUUGUAAUAGAAUUGUAUGGUUUUGGAAUAUCUUGCCGGAUGCUUAGCAUUUUUUG